AAGCUUUCGUAUGGCGAAUGUUAGGCACGUAUUCAGGAGGUCAGUCUCUAGCACAGCAGGUUGAACAGCAAAUGGUUUAAUCCAGAGCUUGUUGCAGAGGUUAGCUUGUCACGAUGGAGGGUGACAGCAAAUCUGUCUACGAGCUGAGGUUCAAUGCUGCUGUCAAAGUGAUCCAAAGUUUACCUUCAAACGGGUCAUUUCAACCAUCCAAUGACAUGAUGCUGAAAUUUUAUAGCUACUACAAACAAGCAACAAAAGGCCCCUGCAACAUUCCAAGGCCAGGAUUCUGGGAUCCCGUUGGCAAAGCCAAAUGGGAUGCGUGGAAUUCUCUUGGUGAAAUGCCAAAGGAGGAGGCCAUGACAGCUUAUGUGGACGAUUUGAAACUGAUCCUGGAAAGCAUGCCUGUGACAAAUGAGGUGGAGGAGCUCCUGCUGGUUAUCGGACCGUUCUAUGAGCUCGUAGAUGAGAAGAAGAAGAUAACACAAGUGUCAGAUUUGAGCACAGGCUUUGGGAGCAUGCUGACAUCACCACCCAAAAGUGUCACUAAAAGCAUCAUCAGGACGAUGGAGAUGAACGGCAGUCUGGGCAGUUACCCCGUCAAAAUAUCUGAGCCUCCAAAAACCAAAUCAAUAGGGCUGGAAGACAGAGUAUAUGACCAUGAGGAGGUGGUGGGAGUUGAAGAAGAGGAAGUUAAAGAGGUGAAAAAAGCCCCACAACCUAAGAAAAGGGCUUCAGCAGGGAGGCUUAAAGGACAUGUAUCUAAUGGCAGUAUCAGGAAACAUAAAGUUGUUUCCAAUGGAACGCAUUGUGCUAAGUCUGAUCACAAUGAGCAAGAGUCUAAGGAGGAGUCUGAAAACAUUAAUCACAAUGGAGAGAUCGUAGAGGUCAAUGGAUACAUCAAAGAUGUGUCCAGUUCCCAUGUGGCAAGUGACUCAGACAGUGAGGUGUACUGUGACUCUGUGGACCAGUUUGUUGCAGAGGAGGGCUCUGACAUGCACAUAAAUCACUCACUGGACGUGGCUGAGGAGAGCCACAGCACUCUGUCCUCCACAGAGGAGGUGGUAUCAGAGGAUCUGCUGGGACUGAAGGAGGGUGUACAGCAUGGAGGAGAAGAUGGGAGGAGCAGCAGAGGAGGGUCACCGAGACAGAACAUUACUGUUAACAGAAGUGACAGUUCUGUGGUCAGGAGGGGAAGAGGGUCCAGGUCACCUGCCUUUGACUCCGGGUCAACGAGAUCGCAGCAGGGCAGUGGGGGAGACGGGGAGCACUGGGGAAAUGAUGGAGCUGCAAUGGAAAAUCUCAAUGAACAGAUCAUCUGCGCUCUAGCCAGACUGCAAGACGACAUGCAGAGUGUAUUAGAGAGAUUACACACGCUAGAAGCUCUCACAGCCUCUCAGGCAAGAUUCUUAGCCCUGCCAUCUGACUACCUAUCACCACCAGCUAAUAAAACUAAGAAGCCAUUCUGGUGGCCGUUUGACAUUUCUCCUGGAACUGUGGCCUUUGCUGUUAUCUGGCCUUUUGUGGCGCAGUGGCUCAUUCGACUUUAUCUGCAGCGCAGGAGAAGAAAAAUCAACUGAGUGAAAUCACCUGCGCAUCCAACACAUUUAAAGAGCUAGAGGAGAGUCACGUUCCUCAUAAUGAGGAGAGGGUCUCUAACUCUUGCUUUUGCACUAUGAUGAUGGCAAGAAUCACAAAACAGAAAGACAUGUGAAUGUAUGCCAUUGCAGAUUAUCACUUAAAAACAAAAAUAAUUGCAAGUGAUAAUCCUUGAUUUGGGUAAUCAGAAGUAGCACAAUGAUUUACAAUUUCAUAAAAAUUAUGAAAAUGUCAUUCAAAGAAAUCCAAAGGACAUUAUUACAUCAUGUCACAUUCAUAACAUUGAAAAUUACCCACACGUAGCUGCUAAUUGUUAAUACUGUAGCAAAGUGUAUGAUGCACUGAUAAGUACAGUUCAUUUCUGUUGAGUAUUUCUUUCAUUCAUGGCCCACAUGGGUUUUAAAACUUAAGGGUAGUAAUUCAGGACUGGUUGGAGGUAUAACAAAAGCGGAACAUUUUACUGUACAUGUUGAUAUCUAGACUUGGUAUUUUCCCAGGUAAGUUAUAUUGCUGAUCAAAGCCAUCAAAAAUCUUGGAUAUGACAUUGACCCCUUGACCUUGCAAAUGUACAGCAUGUCACAAGGAAAUACAGUAUAUCAAACUAUGUUCUUUGUUUCCUCAAUAUAUCCUAUCAUGUGUGCAAUUCAAUAUCUGAUAAAGGUAGAUCCAUUUCAAUGGCCCUAAAAUUUAUUUGGAGAAUAAGCCGCACUUAACCUAUGAAUUUUAUUGCAUUAGAUCCAGAAGGUCUCUUAAAUGGUUGAAUUGCGAUGCACUUUGUAUGAAUGUGAAGGAAGCGAAAGGUGUUUAAGAUGGUUUAGAGCCCUAAAACUGAGAUAAGGCUGAAAUUGAAUGAAAAACGCAACUGUUUUGUUUUGUUGUAGUUGUGUAUCAGUCAAUAAUGUUAAUAAUUCCUAUAAGAAUUUUGUGUAUAUUAGAAAAAGUGUAUGAGAAAAUGUAUUCAUGACUGCAAAGUUUUAUAUUUUAAUUGUACUAUACUGUAAUGUAGCAUUUAACAUAUAUGAUGUAAUUGAUGUCUAUAAUACUACGUUUGAAUCAUCUGUAGAACAGGAUGUUUGAUUGAAAUGCUUUGGUUCUAAACAGUGUACUCUUUCUAUUAAAACACCAUUACAGCUUUUGCUUAAAUUUGCCUUCAGGUUAAAGGAUCAGUGCAUGUUUCACUAAUGUCACAAGACAUGACAUCCAAUAUUUUACACUGAAGCAUUAAAAGCUUUUGAAAAUCUGGACUGUUUAUAUUCCCAUCUCCUAUAUGUGAUUUAUUUAUUUGGAUCAGUUUUAUCUGUUCUGUUUUUAUUCGAACAUCUUCUGUCUUAAAUAUGACAGGAUUUCAGAGGCCAUCAAACAGUGAUAACAUUUUUUAAUUUGUAUUUAUUUAUUUAUUUAUUUAAGGUCAAAAAGUCAGUUUUCCCAAGGAAAUGUUUCAGCAAUUUUUUAUUAUCUGAAAAGUCACAAUUUUUCAAACUUGUUUUAGGCCAUUGCCACAAUUAUGCAAUGUUUUUUUUAUUAAUUCUUUUACAAAUAUAAUUGGGUAUUAUCAUGUAAUUCAGGAUUAACUGGUACUUAAAAGUGGCCUUGUACAAAUUCUGUGAAAUCUGGACGAUAGAAAACGUGAAUUUUUCCCAAUUUUUCUGAACUUAUCCCAACUUUUUCAAAUCCAUCCUGUUUUCACCAAAUUUGGCAUAUCAAUAACAAAACAUUCAAGUCAUAUUUUAAAAACCACUUGGGGGAAAUAUGAUACAAUGAAACUUUCAGGCCUGGUCUAUAUUGAGAAUGAAAUCUAGAUAAUUUCACAAGUGCAAUAUUGCCAAAUUUGGCCAUUUUCGUCAUUUCCUUUUCCCGUCUGCUUGAUUGUAGCUUUUUUGUUUGUUUGUUUUUUUGCAGUUCAGCUACACUUGAUUCUAUUUUAAAGGUAAUGGGCUUUAACAUGUAACAUA